GUGGCGUCUCCGGCCGCCCUGGGCAGAUAAAACCACGACUGUUACUCGGCUUGUUUGGUGCGGGAGAGACGGCUGUUUACUCUCCGCGGCUGCAGCGUACACGGGCGUAACAGUCAAGUUGCCGUCUCCUUUCUUUUCGUGGUGGCACAUCAACCUCCCGGGACAAUGAAUGGUAAGUCAACGAACGGCUCGUUGGGGGGAAUGGCCUGCAUCGAGGGGCUGCCCCCGCUGCCGAAGAGCCUGAGCGGCUUGCUGAACUCGAGCGGUGGCUCCUGGAGAGACAUGGAGAGGAUGUACGUGAAGAAGACCAUGAUCCAGGACGACCUGAGCCGAGGCAGGAGCAACGCCGACAACCUGCUGGCCAACAAGCCGGCCAGCCUCGACGCCGCCCUGGCUCUCCUGCGGAAAGAGAUGGUGGGGUUGCGUCAGCAGGACAUGUCGCUGCUGUGCCAGCUGUGGUCGCUCCACGAGUCCAUCCAGGAUUACAAGGGCAGCUGCCAGGACCUGAGCGCCGCCUCCGGCCUCGGCAUGAUGGAGAACGGCUACUUCGACGAGGACGACGAGGAUUACCCGGAGCCUGGCGCCACUCCCACCGGGGAGCAGCCGGAAGGAGCGAUCGGAGACGGGACUGCGAAGAAUGGGAGCGGCGUCGGCAAAGACGACAGCUGGGACUCCUUUCACAUUACCAUCUGAGGCCUCGGUUUCAGCAUAUAUUUUAUUCUACAGAUGGAUACAUAUUUUUGGG